AUGGCCGAGGUCGAAGGAUACGAGGAGAGCCAUAAUGGCGACGAGAGCAUGACCGGGCCCGGCGCGCCUACGCCACUUACUGUUCUCGAGGGCGUCGCAGGUUUGACCAAGCGUGACAUCUCGCUUGUCGUCGAGGGUGGCUACAACACGGUCGAAUCGGUCGCCUAUACCCCGCGUCGAGUCCUUGAGCAGAUCAAGGGUAUUUCGGAGCAGAAGGCCUCCAAGAUUCUCGCCGAAGCCUCCAAGCUCGUGCCGAUGGGCUUCACGACCGCCACCGAGAUGCACCAACGCCGAAGCGAGCUCAUCUCCAUCACGACAGGCUCCAAGCAGCUCGACACACUUCUUGCCGGUGGUAUCGAGACCGGAUCAGUUACCGAGCUUUUCGGAGAGUUCCGUACUGGAAAGAGUCAGAUUUGCCAUACUCUUGCAGUCACUUGCCAGCUUCCAUUCGACAUGGGCGGUGGCGAAGGCAAGUGCAUGUACAUCGACACCGAGGGCACGUUCCGACCCGUCCGUCUGCUUGCCGUUGCCAACCGAUUCGGCCUCUCUGGAGAAGAGGUGUUAGAUAAUGUGGCAUACGCGCGUGCUUACAACUCGGACCACCAACUGCAACUUCUCCAGCAGGCGGCCGCGAUGAUGUGCGAGACGCGGUUUUCUCUCCUCAUCGUCGACAGUGCAACGGCUCUAUACAGAACCGACUUCUUGGGUCGUGGCGAGCUGUCAUCUAGACAGACUCACCUUGCCAAGUUCAUGCGCUCUCUGCAACGCCUCGCCGACGAGUUCGGCAUCGCCGUUGUCAUCACGAACCAGGUCGUCGCGCAGGUCGACGGUGGACCGAGCGCAAUGUUCAACCCUGACCCGAAGAAGCCAAUUGGUGGUAACAUCAUUGCCCAUGCCAGUACGACCAGAAUCAGCCUGAGAAAGGGUCGCGGAGAGACUCGUGUCGCAAAGAUCUAUGACAGCCCAUGCUUGCCGGAGAGCGACUGUCUCUUCGCCAUCAACGAGGACGGUAUCGGAGACCCGAGCCCCAAGGAUCUGGAGAAGGACUAG